UGUCAAACGUGAAGGUGUCAAACGUAAAAAUAAAAACACGGAAUUGUAGGCGAGAUUUGUUUAAAAUAUUGGUGUAUGUUCUAGAAUAUUGUUAAAAUGUCUCAAUCCCGAGUUGGACAAUCGCACGAUGAGGAAAACCCGAAGCACAUCUUUGAAGAGGCUAUGAAACUGUUUGAUAAUAUCGAGAAUGGGAAAGAAGCGACCAACAGUGACCCGGUGCAGAUGAGUAUAAAAGCAGCUAUAUCGAAGUUCGAGAAGGCGACCAACAUGGUGUCGAUGCUGGGGCUGUUCAGUAAGAACGAGAGCCUGGAGGAGCUCUCCACAGACACGCUACAGUAUCUGCUACUGCCGGCUUUGCUGGGCACACUGAGCUUGAAGCUGUGUGGCCAGCCUCGCAAGGAGGUUAUUGAUGUUGCUGAGAUUUAUUUUAGAGACUUUCUCCAGCGCUGUAGAGACUACGGAUUGACAAGCAUAGAAGUGCCUCAACCCAGCUCCAGCACGGAGGGCACCGUCAGUCGUGCUCACACAGAACAGGGCAAAAUAGAAAUGAUGGUCAUGACAAGGGAAGCUAAAAUCAAGAGGUACAGGCAACAGAAAGAAUUACAGGAGAAACUAAGCACACUGUCCAAAGCUGUGAAUAUGUACUCUGUUGAUGAUGAGACUAAACGGGAGUACUACACAACGUUGCUUCACAGCUAUGUCAAUGAGGCACUAGAUGAGUUGGCCAGCAUCGAGCAGGAGAGGCCUAUUCUCGAAUACAUGGAGAAAAAUUCUGGAGAGAGUCGCGCCCCGAAAGAGAAGCCUACGACGCGAGGCCUGCGGGCCGUGGUGCUGGCGCGCGACGCGGCGCUCAGAGCCGUGCUGGGCGCCGGCUACCCCGCGCUGCCCGCGCUCACCGUCCAGGAGUUCUACGACCAGCGCGUGCGCGACGGCGUUUUCCCGGGAAACUGCGACAACAUCCCGCACACCACGCUGCAGAGCGCCGACCUCGACCACGACGAGGCCGAGCAGAUGCACAAGGAAACGCUAGAGGAAACAGACGACCCGGAAGAAUUGGCGCGCAAACGUAACAUGGACGAAUACAAAGAUGACCAUCGCCGGGGUUGGGGGAACAGAUACAAUAGGAGCUAGAACACGAGAUUAUAUCUAAACUGUAAUAUAAUGAAAAGAAAAUAUUCGUUAACCGAUUUCGUACGCGUAUUAUGAAGGAUGUGAUAGUUGUUUUGCCGAUAGACUACUUAAUGGAUGGUUAGUUCUAACGUAAGAACUAACGCAGGUAACGUUAGAGCUAACUAGGGUGAAGUGUGGGUUCUCAUUUCAUUAUUCACUAUCGAGUCGAUUCGCAGUGAGAUGCAGCUAACCAAUCACAGUGCGCCAUUGUGUCGCGACGACAACCACACCGCAACGUGAUUGGUUAGCUAUAUCUCUGCGAAUCGACUCGAUAGCGAGAACUGAAACCUACACUUCGUCCUCUGAACGAGGGUCUGGGAUGCGGUACGGGUUAAACCUAGCGAUUACACUAGUUAAAAAUGAGACAAUUCGCGAGAAUCAAUGUUAUUUAUAGUAUCGAUACUACCAAUUAUUUAUCGAUACUAUCGAUAUUUGCCCGCAUUCAAUAGUAUUAUAUCAUUUUGGACUAUCGAUCAACAAUCUAUAGUGAUAUUUAUUUCGUGUAGGUAGAGAACGGCAAACGAUAUUUUUGUUUCUAAAAUUGGUAUAUUUCCCGCGGGUAAUUUUUGAAGAAAGCAGUGGCGGUGUAAUGGUUAAGACGCCAGCCUUCGAAUCCAACUCGUGCCACAUGAGUUUGUAUGCCAAUCUGACUCAUGUAUAGUAGUUUUCAUCGACCACCACUUGCUUCCGGUGAAGGAAAACAUCGUGAGGCACACCUGCACACUGGUUGAUUCUUAUUAACUUGUGUGUGAAAUGGAGAAGGCAACGGCGAACCACUCCAUUACUAAUGCCAAUAAAAUUGUUAUGUGUGUUUAAUUCCACGUAAUGACCACGACCUUCAGCCAUGAGGAAUACGACUAUGAAGAAGAAGCAAUUUUUGCGUUGGCGUACAGUCUGUCUAUAAAGGGUAGAAAACGAUUUUUCGGCGGACCCCAUUUUUUUGCCAUUGUGAUUCCAAAUAGAAGGGUUAAGAUUGAUAAAUACCCAGUGUUGCUAGCCAAGAGGAUACAGCACAUUUGUUUAUUUUAUACUCUAUACACCAUAAAUUUUUAAUUCUAUAAAAAAAUAAAGGCUUAAUAUUAAAGACCCUAUUAAUACAUGUGAGUAAUCAAAAUUUUAUAUUAUCGUUUAUCACCAAAGUUAUUGAGGUUUGCGUUUAUCCCAAAAUAUCAGUGAAUUUAUGGACGUAGUUUGAAACUCCAAUUAUUCCAAUUCAUAGUUUAUCGUGUUCUCUCGCUCUCGCGUGCAAUGACGCUGGUAUAGGCAAAAAAUUAAUAAAUAAAAAAGAAUUGCCAGAGUUUAUCAAUAAAAUUUGUGUGAACCGCUGCACUGAACCUACCUUUACUAUGAAGCGUAGUCGUCAGGUGGCACACUCUAUAACCAAUUAUUAUAGAUUUUUUUGGAUAAAUUUUGGAUUUAGAUUUUUUAUGUUUUGACUAUGCACAAUAUUAUCAGUAAUAAGUACUGAUAGCCCCAUUUUAUAUUUUGGCAUAAUUAAAAAUUUAUGGUUUAUAGAUCAAAUAAUUAUAAUACUAAACUAGAAUGCUUGGGUUGGGUGUAAAAUUUGUAGCAAUUUUUUUCUGUCACUUUUUUUCUGACACUAACAGUUUACCAGAAAGAGAUGGCUAGAAUAUUUGUACCAAAUUUUAGGAACUUUAGAUAUUUGCACGCAGACAUUGCGGAUAUUUAAUCUUUAUGUCAACGCAAAUAGGUCUAUUUUUCAAUGUCAAGAUUACGAAUGACGUUUGUUAUUCGUAAUUAUUACAGUUAACAUAUUAAUUCCUAUAGACAGACUGUAAAGUAAUACGAUAUUUUUCAACAAAUAAUUUAGGUUUAUUUGGUUUGCAUGCGUGCCUAUAGUUUGUACCUUUGUACUGUUUACAUAAUAAACUAUAUAGGUAUACUUGUACAAAGAAGGUUGAAGUUAAUUUUAAUAAACUAUAUACAUAACAAAAUAAA